AUGGGCACGAAGCUUUCGGUUUCGCUGGAAGGCGCGACCCAUCCGGAAAUCGCACCACGUGUCGACCGUCCGCCAACUUUCGAUCCACAAUACGGAUUCGAAAGACCACGUAAGGUGCGUGAGAUGAAAGCGACUUGGGAGGAAAUGGAACAAUAUCGGCUGAAGCCUGGACAGCGCGACUACUGUGCUCACCAUUUGAUUGAUUUGAUUAAGUGCCAGGCUCAAAAUGCACCAUUCGCUGGACACGCUUGCGAUGGCGAAAGAAGGGCUUGGGAUAAAUGCGAGUAUGAUGAUUAUAUCAUGAGAAUCAAGGAAUUCGAACGCGAACGACGACUUCUUCAAAGGAAAGCCAGAAAGGAAGGCCACUAA